AUGUCGUCCAAUCCGCCACUCACGCGCACGCGGUCCCUGCGAAAACCGACGCCAGGAACAGCCACCGACCUCUCGCACAGGUCCAUCGCCCCAGCAACACCGACGGCCGGCUCGACGACAGCCCGCCGCAACAUCUCCCCCAGCCGUCUGCCUUCCCUGCGGCCCGUCACGCGAAGCAUUUCUACGGCGGCAGCGGCAGCAGCAGCAGCAGCAAAAGAAGCUCCUGCCAGACGCACACGGCCCGUCUCUGGCGCCCUCGUCCGGCCCCCGAGCGUUACCUCUCGAACACAAACCCCCACCGCCACGAGCACGGCCUCGUCCACGAGCACGACCACGACCACGACAUCGUCCACGACAUCGUCCACGGCCACGACAUCGAGGCCACUAGCUGCCACGGCGAACACGACGACACGAUCUCACCAGACAGAUGCCACGAGGCCCCGCUACCCUCCCAAUGCCUCGUCCUCGGCGGCAGCGACCGUCAAGCGGCCAACCUCCUCAGGCGGUCUACCAGCCCACGCGAGAACAAGGUCGACGACGACAGCCCCAGCCAGGAGCCAGGGCCACGUCCGCGCCCGAAGUACGGUGACCGCCUCAUCGACACCCUCGCUGGCUUCGGUCAAUCGGCCGCCCUCAGCAGGCCAAACAACCCAUCCCACCCGGCCCCCCUCCGCCAACGCAAGGCCCGCAAGACAGCCCACCACUGCGAACACGACAACCACGGCAGCGACGGCGGCCAACCCGACGACGAACCCACCCCGCCUCCUCCAGAAGAAGCCGGCCUUCUCGACCCUCCAACAGCACUACUCACCCCAGCGGACCACGGCGCCGAAACCGGCCACGGCCUCGUACCUCGCGCCGCCCUCGCCCUCGAAGCUCCCCUCCAACAUUGCCCUCACCGCCGAGAUGGCCCGCCUGCAGACGACGCUCCUGCAGCUGCACCUGCUGCACCGCGACGCCCCCGCCACGGCAGCCGACUGGCGCGCCUCGGCCCACGACCAGCUCGCCGCCCGCCACCGCCUCCUCGCCGCCCGCCACGCCACCGCCGCAGACGACGCCGCCACCGCCGCCACAGCCCGGAACGUCGCCGCCCUCCACGCCUGGCACGGCGGCCCGCCUCACGCGUCCGCCGCCCGUCUCGAGCAGACCAUCCCGCCCCUCGACGCCGCCCUCGCCGCCCUCGCCGCCCUCCCCGGCCUCGAGACCAGCCACGAAGCCCUCGCACGCCGCUUCGCCCGCUGGGCCGCCCGCGUGCCCGACAACCGCGACGCCCUGCUCCUCCUAAAGCAGCACCAGCACCAGCACCAGCCCCUCGACGUGGACGCCGUGCUCGCCGGCCCCCUCGACGCCACCUGGCACGCCGACGCCGCGCGCCACGCCCACAGGCUCGACACGCUGCUGCUGCGCCCACUCGCCGCGCUGCCCGCGUUCCCCGCGCCGCACGCCGGCGCCGACCCGGCGCGCGCGCUCGAGGCGUGCGGCGCCCUGGCGCGAGACAUGCGCGACGAGCUGGCCGUCAUGCGGGACGUCGAGCGCGCGGCUGUCGAGGACGAGGCGGCGUGGAUUCGGAGGGUGAACCGCGAGGACGGGGAUGCGCGGCGCGAGGGGCCGCGGCCUGGUGCUGUGUGGAGGGUCAUGUGA